UACCCAGCUCCUUGGUUUUCCCCCUCUUCUCUCUUCACUUUAUAGGAUAAUUAUAUAUUGCACCGUUCACUUCCUCUUUCACCAUCCUCUCUGAGCUCUUCCUCUCAUUUUCAGAAACUUCUGUGAAUAACAGAGCCAAUGGGUGAGGAAGCUAAGCAGGAACAAGCUAAGGCAGAAGCAAAACCAGAGGAGAAGAAAGAAGAGAAAACAGAGGAAAAGAAAGAAGAGCCAAAGCCACCCGAGCCUUCUGUACUAUUUGUGGACUUGCAUUGCGUGGGAUGUGCAAAGAAGAUUGAGAAGUCCAUCUUGAGGAUUAGAGGUGUUGAGGGGGUGGAGAUUGAUAUGUCAAAAAACCAAGUGACAAUAAAAGGAGUAGUGGAGCCUCAAGCUGUAUGUACAGAGAUAAUGAAGAAAACCAAGAGAAGAACUCAAGUCUUGUCUCCAUUACCUGCUGCUGAGGGUGAACCUAUACCAGAAGUCGUUAAUUCACAGGUUAUUGGAUUAACAACCGUGGAACUUAAUGUGAACAUGCAUUGUGAGGCUUGCGCUGAGCAACUUAAGACCAAGAUACUCAAAAUGAGAGGAGUGAAAACAGUGACAACGGAGCUAAGCUCAGGGAAAGUCACGGUGACCGGUACAAUGGACCCGAAUCGGCUUGUCGAUUAUGUUUACAGACGUACCAAAAAACAAGCCAAAAUUGUCCCCCAACACCAACCCCAACCUGAACCCGAACCAGAGAAGCCAGAAGCAAAGCCAGAAGAGAAAAAAGAAGCAGAAAAGCCGGCUGAAGAACCAAAAUUGGAGGAAGAGAAGAAGGAAGGAGAAACUGCCGAGAAAAAGCCACCCGAAGAAGAGAAAAAAGAAGAGGCCAAGAAACAAGAAGAAGAACAGAGCAUGGUUAUUACUAGUGAUGAGCAGAGCAUGCAGGGAAUGACGGGUUAUUAUCAGCCUCUUUACUUCAUUGAGAGAAUCCCACCACCCCAGCUCUUCUCAGAUGAAAAUCCUAAUGCUUGUUGCAUUACUUAGAUUGAAACUUUAAAACUAUUUCAUCACAAGCUUUUGAUUAUGUGAUAAUAUAUAGCUUCCAAGUUCCAAUACUACCUCGUUAUAUGAUCAUCAAUACAUAACAUAAUAUAAAGAUGGUGGAUGGUUUGGGUGAAUGGAAUGAUAUUAUGUAAGAAAAA